GAUCAGUAGGCGGGACUUGCCGGAAUGUGGGUGGGGAAAGGACAACAGAUCAACAGCAAAUCAGCACAUGGCGCUUCCUGUUCGGUUGAUUUGAACAUUUUACAGGAGAAAAGAAAACCCCGAUAAGUUACCGAAUGGCUGGACUCGAGCUGCUGUCCGAUCAGGGCUACCGGCUGGAUGGACGGAAGGCUACCGAGCUGCGGAAGCUGCAGGCCCGCAUGGGGGUGUUCGGGCAGGCGGACGGAUCUGCGUACAUGGAGCAGGGCAACACCAAGGCGCUGGCGGUGGUGUACGGACCCCACGAGGUUCGAGGGUCCAGAAGUAAAUCCCUUCACGACCGUGCGGUCAUUAACUGUCAGUACAGCAUGGCUACGUUCAGCACGGCGGAGAGGAAAAGACGACCGCACGGCGAUCGCAAGUCCAGCGAGAUGAGUCUUCACCUGAAACAGACCUUUGAGGCCGCCGUCCUCACACAACUCUACCCACGCUCCCAGAUAGACAUCUAUGUUAAGAUCCUUCAGUCAGAUGGUGGAAACUACAGUGCGUGUGUUAACGCAGCUACUCUGGCCCUGGUGGACGCUGGCAUCCCCAUGCGUGAUUACGUGUGCGCCUGCACGGCUGGCUUUGUGGAGGACACGCCGCUGGCUGACCUGUGCCACGCUGAGGAGAGUGGCGGUGGCACCACACUGUCCCUGGCACUUCUGCCUCGCAGUGAGAGCAUCGCACUGGUGCAGAUGGAUGCCCGUCUCCAUCAGGACCACCUCCCAGCACUGAUGGAGGCUGCGACAGUGGCCUGUAAGGGUCUCAGCAAAGUGCUGGACGAUGUCGUGCGCCAACACCUGCAGGAAGUUUCUGUGCAGACCAGAGAGUGAGGAGUCCUCAGUUUGGUCUUUAGAACUUAAUGAACUGUUUGUUGUUGUUGUUGUUGUUGUUGUUGUUGUUUUUUUUUUACCUGGUUUGAAUGAGUUUGUUCUGAAAUACAGACUGACCUUGAUGUCUAAAACACAGGUGCUUCCUGUUUGAAGAGACAUGUGUAAGAUUUUUACAUCGCACCUCUUUAAUAAUAUUUUUGAAUGGUAAGUAUUGUAUUUCAUAAACAUCUCAUGGUCAUUGGAUAAGUAAAGAAGCAAAGGAUGGACCACACAAGGCACAGUGAAUGUGUGUUAACUACAUACUGAUAAAAAAAAAAAUAAAUAAAUAAAAGUAAGUCACAAAUGUC